AUAGAUGAAGAGCAGACUGGACGGAUCUUGUUCGAAUUCAAAAGUGAAAAUGGGGAAUUGGUUAGCUCACCGUUGGAUUUAUCAUUGGAUACGUCAGCCGAACAACUACAAGAGCUUUGCCGAGCCUUGUUACCUGAGGUCAGUAUAACGUGCCGUCGUAAAGAUGAGAUGAACGGUCACAGAGUUGUAACUAGUGUACCCACUUUUUUUGUGCACGUGCUCGGCAAGUUACUAGAUGCAUGCAUCUGAUUGGAUGGCGGCUCGCUUUAAAACUUGCCGAGCACGCGCAGUUGAUCAUUUUUUGCCCGGUCGCCUGAAAGAAAGUGGAUACAUGAAAACGUAAGCUUCCGGAGUGUUUACAACGGUAAAUAUGUUAUAGGACAUAGUCGGAUUGCCUGUUGGUUUGCCUUGCAGCCGCUCUUUGUGUCGACUUUUCUCCCCACGAGCGGCUGCUCACUCGAGCACAACAUCCCAUUACACAUGACGUCGCAGCCGCCAUGUCGGUGUUCCAAUUCAAAAGAAAUUUAAUUAGACUCUUUUGUCUGGAACACCAACAUGGCCGCCAUGGCUUUUGUUGAGUUGGUCCCUGGGGAAUGCAAAUGCUUUAUAGAUAAAUUAUGUUUUUAUCUGUGACUGUUCGUUCAUCCUUAGGUGUAAACAGUAGUGAAAACAGGAGGGUUUUACUAAACACUAUUAUGCUGCAGUUGGUCAUCAACCGACAUGUCUAUACUAUUUUUUCAGCAUAUGGCAAUGAAACCAAAGAGUAUUUUGUGUGAGCCCGUAUAUGUAGUAGUCUUGUAUUUAGUGGCCAAUAAAUAGAAUUAGAGAUAUUUAAUAGUGUGCGAUAAAUUGCGUACUUACGUACAGGAGGUAUAUGCCAAUAUUGCAGUCUGGUAUUUCUUUGUCUUCAACCAGGGGCGUAGGAAGCAUCCGAAAAGAAUGGCGGGCACCGGCUUUCAGGGGCACUUUUGGAUGAUAUUGAAAAGGGCACCUAAAAAUUUUUUCCUGGAAAUGUUGGAAAUCACAAAAAAGGAAAUCACAAUUUUGGUCUUUUGAAAAAAUUGGGUGGGGGACGUCCCCCCCCCCCCCCCCCCCCGGUUCCUACGCCCCUGUCUUCAACCACGUACUUACAUUCUGCUGGUAACACAUGACCUUUGCAUGCUUAAGAUAUUCAAAACUGUAUAUGUGUAAGUCUGACAUGUCUUGGCAUGAAACAUGAUAGGACUGAUGAGACUAAAGAAUGUUGGAGUCAACUUGUAGUGUUUGCUCCUUGUUCUAACUUGUAGUUUUCGGUCACUGAAUGAAUACUUUCAAAAUUCUACUUUAAAAUAGGAAAAGGAGAAUGUACAUUCAUUUUUCGUCAAUGGUACAGAAAUCACAGGCAGUAUUCGAGAUGUCCUUAAUCAAGAUGUGUUGGAAACCGAGAAAGUGGUUGAGAUUAUUUAUCAGCCACAAGCGAUCUUCCGUGUUCGAGCUGUGAGUCGAUGUACCAGUACCAUUACAGGUAUGCUUCAUUAUGACUAUUUGCUCAGGGUUAGUCAAAGCAAAGUGCAAACAAAAAAUGUAAGUCACAUUACACAGUACAUUAAUACAAUUAAAUAUACAAAAAACUACACUAACAACAGCAUGCAAAUAAUAUAUGAAAGUAUGGAAUAAGGCCAUGGUGAACUAGCCAUAGCAACAGGUCAUGCUACGAAAAUUUUCAAUGAUUUACAUUAUUCAAACCUUUGGUACUUUAUUAGCAUAGCAUGACCUGUUGCUAUGACUAGCUUCGCCACUGAAAUAAGGUAGAAUUUAAAGUACUGUCAAUGUCUACCUUUGACAGGCAAAGACAGAAAGAUUUAAACAUAGGGAGAACGUUCAUUAAUACCAUAGGGGUGGACAAGUUUGGAAAUGAGGUGCAUUUCAUGUCUAAUUCUGUGGUUAUCAGUACUUCAAUAUCUGGAAGCAAUGAGAUAUAUACUAUAUAAAGACUACUACAUAAAAGAAUUAAUAUAUUAUUUUCACUCUGAUAACUGCUGGUUGACCACCCUGUUGGUUGUCCACAAUGUUAGUGAUAGCCUCCUAGUGAAUAGAAAUAAUUUGUAAAAGAAUUUGUUAUUCUUAGGUCAUGCAGAGGCUGUCCUUUCCGUGGCUUUUAGUAAUUGUGGAAGGUAAUUAUAAAAAAUGUUGUACCUUAUAUGACUGCAUGUGUGAAAAUCGUUUCUGUGAAUGCAACAAUAAAUUGAAAUCUUCUAUAAAUGUUGUAGCCUAUCAUGUAAAACUGACAUGUUUAGGUAUUUGGCAAGUGGUUCUGGUGACACAACAGUCAGAUUUUGGGAUUUAACAACAGAAACACCACAAUUUAUAUGCAAAGGUCACAAACAUUGGAUAUUAUGUAUUGCGUGGUCAUGUGAUGGUAAGAAGCUCGCGUCUGGAUGUAAAAAUGGUGAGGUGAGAUAUAAAAAAAUUUCCUCUUCUAACACCCAGAUAUUAUUAUAUACUCUCUGUGACAUGUACAUGAAGAUGUAACAUUAUGUAAAUCGUUUCAGAUAAUUUUGUGGAAACCUGAAACAGGCGAACAGUUGGGAAAAACAUUAAAAGGACACAGACAAUGGAUCACAGCAUUGAGCUGGGAGCCACUACAUAGGUGUGUUUUACAUAAAAAAGGUUAUCUAAAGGCUAUCUUUAUAAAUAAUAAAUCCAUUGCUAACAUAACGCGUACUAUUUUUGAUUUACAGAAACCCUACUUGUCGUAAUUUGGCCAGCAGUUCCAAGGUAUUGUUGGACAUUAAUGAUGAGAACUUUCUUAUUCUACUAUAGCUAUAAAGGAUGUGUAUUCCAAGAUGACCAUCUCGACUAAGUAACCAAUUGUUUGAAGUUUAGACCAUAGCAAGAAUAUGCUGCAAAAGAUGCAGCAUUUCCAGAUCAUUAUCUAGUAUCCUGAGAGCCAACAGUUUUCAAGUUUAGCUCUGUAACAGUCAGCCAGAAAGGAUAUCUGUAUUUGAAAGUGAUAUCUGUAUUUGAAAUGUUUUGCAGGAUUCAACAAUUAAAAUAUGGGACACAACUACAACACGGUUAUCAAUGACAUUGUGUGGUCAUACACAAUCUGUGACAUGUGUGAAGUGGGGAGGAGAGGGAUUGAUCUAUUCUGCAUCACAAGAUAGAACAAUUAAAGUCUGGAAAGCUGAGAAUGUAAGUUCAGUGUAGGUAGUAUUCCACAAUAAGCUGUCGUGGUUUGUGUUGAACUACCUGAAGAAGAUAUCUCAAACGUGAUAAUAAUAAUAAUAAUAAUAAUAAAUAUAUUUUGCCCUUUUUGAAAAAAAUACAGUUAUCAAAAAUUAGUUCUUAAAUAAUAAAUAGAAUAAUAAAUAUAAAUAGUUAACACACUGUUUAACGGGUAUUGGGCCUGGUAACUAAAGUGAUGGUCCAGUGUAGGUAGUAUUCUACAAUAAGCUGCUGUGGUUUGUGUCUGAACUAUCUAAAAUGGCCGACCUCAAACGUGGUGGUGCAGUGUAGGUAGUAUUCUACAAUAAGCUGUCGUGGUUUGUGUCUGAACUACCUGAAAAAGAUAUCUUAAACGUGGUGGUCCAGUGUAGGUAGUAUUCUACAAUAAGCUGCCGUGGUUUGUGUCUGAACUACCUGAGAAAGAUAUCUUAAACGUGGUGGUCCAGUGUAGGUAGUCUACAAUAAGCUGCCGUGGCUUGUGUCUGAACUACCUGAAAAAAAAUAUCUUAAACGUGGUGGUCGAGUGUAGGUAGGCAUAUUGUAAGUCAGCAUUAAGCCAGGUUCAGAACUAGAUGAGUAUGGUUGCACGUUGCUCAUAGUGAAAUGAAAUUUGUUUACAGUAAUCAAUUUCUUUCCAGGGAAUGCUGUGUCGAACAUUACAAGGUCAUGGACAUUGGGUUAGUUUAAUGUGCUAUCUUUCAUGUUGAAACCACUUUGCCAAAAAAUUCGCUAAUUAAGUAUUUUCUCUUGGCCACUUUAUUAACAAAACGUUCUGCGUAAUAUUUAUUUGAAGGUGAACACAAUGGCGUUAAAUACAGAUUAUGCAAUAAGAACUGGAGCGUUUGAUCCAGUACAGACCUCUAAGAAUACGUCUGCUCUUAAACCUCUCUCUGAAGAUGAACUAAAGCAAAAAGCUUUUGAAAGAUACCAAAAAGCCAAGGUAUUGCUGGGGUUUUUUUUGUCAUUUGUUGUUGUACGUUGUUGUACGUUGAUGAUGUUGAUGAUGAUGGUGGUGAUGAUGAGUUGAUGUGGUAGUGGUGGACCGGUGGUGCUGCUGUUGGACCGGUGGUGUUGUUGCUGUUGUUGUUGCUGUUGUUGCUGUUGUUGUUGUUGUUGUUGUUGCUGUUGUUGUUGCUGUUGUUGCUGUUGUUGUUGUUGUUGUUGUUGUUGUUGUUGUUGUUGUUGUUGUUGUUGUUGUUGUUGCUAUUGCUGUUGUUGGGGGUUGCUGUUGUUGCUGUUGUUGGGGGUUGCUGUUGUUGCUGUUGUUGUUGCUGCUGUUGUUGCUGUUGCUGUUGCUGUUGUUGUUGUUGUUGUUGUUGUUGUUGUUGUUGUUGUUGUUGUUGUUGCUGUUGUUGUUGUUGUUGUUGUUGCUGUUGUUGUUGUUGUUGUUGUUGUUGUUGUUGUUGUUGUUGUUGUUGUUGUUGUUGUCAAGUCGGGUAUAUGCAAAGGUUUAUUUAUAAUUUGUGUAGGGAACAAAAACUGAGAAACUUGUUUCCGGAUCAGAUGACUUCACUUUGUUUCUUUGGGAACCUGAAGAAAAUAAAAAGUCUAUAGCGAGAAUGACAGGUAUUUUAAUGAACAGUUUUCACUUGUUAUAUAUUGGUGGGUUUCACUGAACGCUAUGGCGCAGCAAAUGGUGCUCGAACAGCGAGUUAACACAGUGAGAUAAUUUUCUUGUAUUUUCAGGGCAUCAAGGAUUGAUAAAUGCUGUGUUGUUCUCUCCUGAUGGACGUCUCAUUGCAAGCGCUUCAUUUGAUAAAUCCAUGAAACUCUGGGAUGGAAACACUGGAGGGUACGCAACGAUUUUUAGCUUCCCUUCCUUCGCUUCGCGUGCAAACAGAAAAAGCUACCUAGGCAAAAAAAAAAUAUGUGGGUUUCCGGUUUCCCGACCCUACCUAGCUUUUGGACGUCGAAAUCCCGACCCUAAACUUUUUUAUUGGAUCAUGCUUGUAAGUGUUUCCACUUAGAGGAAAAAGCUUGUGGAAAAUUGAAAUUUGAGGCAAUAUUAGGGAAAUUUGUCUUUGGAUGUGGAAGCACUGACUAAACAAAAUGGCGUCCGCUUGUUCGGAAAAUUAAAAAAAAAAAGUUUAAAAAAAAAAGUUAUAACCGACCUACCCUACCUAAGUUUUUAUGAGAAGAAACCGGAAACCCACAUAUUUUUUUUUUGGCCCUAUUCGACCCACAUAAGUAAUUUGAUGUAUAUUCGUGCAGACACAUCGUAAAAGUUGAAUGCAUUUCAACCUUCACAGCAUACCGUAAACCUUCGACUUCUCGGCCCCGAAUAUAAGCUCCACAUAUACUAAAGUACCUCAUUCCCAAAUAUAACUUUACCCCGAAUACCAUGCCCCCCCGAAUAUAAGCCCUCCCAAAUAUAAGUCCCCCGAAUUUAUGCCCAGUAGCCCACUACGUUAUUGAACAUUGACAUUGUCUUUUAAUAUAGCAGAGAACGAUAUUCAAAACAUUGUCAUUGUCUUUAUAGCCGACUAUGUUAAUCAAAGCGCGUUAUUAAUACAUGUUUAUUUUCCUGUUUAUGGCUGACUUGUUUAUGUCUGACGUUAUUACAAACACAAAAGAUCGUCCAUGUAUUAGCCCCUGUAUAUAAGCCCCCCCCCCCUUGUAUAAGCCCAUCAAAAAUCGCUUACGAAAGUAUAUAAGCCCAGGGCUUAUAGUCGGAGGUUUAUGGUAUCCGUAAGCACCAAAGCGAACUUGAACAGCUGUACAGCGUAGUUUUCAAAUUGUUUAGCUCGUCGCAUGUGGAUGGACAAAGCUUUAAACCAUAAAGGAAAGCAGGUUUUGGACAGUCUAGACCCUUGAGUAUUUACUUUCUUGUUUCUUGUUAUAACUUUUAGGUAUCUAGCGUCUUUACGAGGUCACGUGAAUCCCGUAUAUCAGGUAGGAAUUUUAACCGUUCUACACUAAAACGAAUUUCCAAGCUAGCGAUGAAAAGAGUUCAAAACCUAAAUUCUUUUUGGCGUUCCUCUCAAAAUACUUUGUUUUAACUUUAUUUUGCAGUUUACACAGUUAGCAAUCUUUUUAAAUGUAUCUGGCGAUAGAGAAACAUAAAAUAAUGGUUAAAUAUUGUCAAUUUAAAUACAAUUAUCAUCGAUGCUGUGAAAUUAACGCCAUAUUUCAUGAGCAAUAUAAGCAUUACGUACGGAACUUCAGACAUCAUUUUUUCUUUGGCCUACCUUCUGAAAUCUCUUCAUUUUAUCAUUAUCUUACAGAUAAAGCACUAAACAUACUUUUUAAAAUUUGUUUGCCUCUUGAAAACGUAUGAAAACUUUUGUAUAUAGAAAAUUGAAUAUAGUCUUAACCGAGUGGAAAAGUAUAUUGUUUCAUUAGUUUUGAGCGCGUGUUACGUAACAUACAAAAGAUUCUCCUCUUAAUACUGUUUUAUUCGUAUUAUUUUCAAGAUUGCAUGGUCUGCAGACAGUCGGCUGUUGGUCAGUGGUAGUGCUGACAGUACGUUAAAGGUUGGUAACAUUGAGCUCUCUAUAUAACUGGAGUAAGAACGUCAGUCAUUCGGUCUAUAAGAAAAGUGAAACAAAAAGUGAAGCCAAGCGCCGGAACCGCGCGGGAUAAAUUAACUUUCAAAAGGACUAGGGUCUAGGGAGAGUUUCGAGGAGCGGGAAAUUCAGUAAAAAGUUUGUUUUUGAGCGAAAACUAGCAAGAAAAAGUGUACUUUUUUAUCAAGAGGCUUCAACUUUAAAAUUUAGUUUAGUUUAGUUUUAACAGCUUUAUUGAUAAAGAUUCAAAUCAGGUUCUGGAUAUAGUUCUAAGUAUUUUAUAUCCACUAUUAACAACAAAAACUUCCUGGGUAAUAGUUUCCUAUAUUCAAAAUAUUACACAAGUUUGAAUGUGCCGAAAAAAACGUCGCACUUUGACUCCUGAGAAAAGAAUUUUAAAACUGCUCUACGUUUCGGAAGCAUGUUUCGUAUUAAAUUUCAAGUAUUGUUGAAAGUGUUUAGCUUUUUUCCUGGUUGAAAUACAGCUUUUUGGUGCUCGAAAACAGAUGUCUUUUAGACAUCUUUCAGAUUGCUUUCGUGUUUAAUUAUACUGCUCUGUGGAGGAAAGCGAUUCCGACGUCUAAAUUCAGAAGCAAUAAAUUCAAUGAAUUAAAUUCCACGGAAGUUUCCCAUCCAAAACAGGCGUAACAUUUGUAGGCAUGUGUCUAUGCUACUAUACCUGAAAAUCAAAACAAACCUCAACGGACGAAUGUUUAAAGGGUAUGAGCAACAAAAAUUUCUUGCAAUAAAAGUUUCUUUCAUCUGAAAGAGCUUGUGAAAUGGUAAUGGAACAUAUACUACAAAUCUUUCGUAUCUUUCUUCGUUAUUGAAAUAUUUCAAUGUGUUUGAUAUGCAAAUUAUGACGUCACAAGCUGGGUACAAAAUUUUAAAACAUUAAAAUAUCAGGUACAUUCUGCAAAUUGUUUCUAUAAUAUUUACUUGGCAUUGUGUAUAUGACAACUCUUCAUGACACUAGCGUGGCAUGUUGAGCAAUCAACUGGAUUUAUCUGAUAUUUUAAUGUUUUAAAAUUCUGUACCCAGCUUGUGACGUGAUAAUUUGCACAUCAAACACAUUGAAAUAUCUCAAAGAAAGAUACGAAAGAUUUGUAUAGUAUAUGCUCCAUUACCAUUUGACGAGUUCUUUCAAAUGAAAGAAACUUUUAUUAUUUGUUGCGUCAAAUUUGUUCCUCCCAUUUCAAGCUUAUAAUAAUUUGCGAAAGUAACCAAACAUCUGUUUUGAAUUGAGAAUAUUUUUUUAUUUCCAAAGGUGUGGAAUGUUAAAACUAGGAAGUUAGAAAAAGAUCUUCCUGGCCAUGCGGAUGAGGUAAAUUCUUGAAAGUAAAACUGUUAAACUGCAGUGAUGUAACUUAGCGCUUGCCCAGAGCAAGUAAAAAUCAUUUGGGGCAAGUAGAAGUUGUUUCUUGGUUGUCCGAUCAGGAAAGUUGUUUUAAUCUUUGCCAGAAAUUAAUUGCUAAACUAAAUUGUUUGCUUGUUUAUGAUAAGGCCAAAAAAAAAAUAUGUGGGUUUCCGGUUUCCCGACCCUACCUAGCUUUUGGACGUCGAAAUCCCGACCCUAAACUUUUUUAUUGGAUCAUGCUUGUAAGUGUUUCCACUUAGAGGAAAAAGUUUGUGGAAAAUUGAAAUUUGAGGCAGUAUUAGGGAAAUUUAUCUUUGGAUGUGGAAGCACUGACUAAACAAAAUGGCGUCCGCUUAUUCGGAAAAUUUAAAAAAAAGUUUAAAAAAAAAAGUUAAAACCGACCUACCCUACCUAAGUUUUUAUAAGAAGAAACCGGAAACCCACAUAUUUUUUUUUUGCCUAACCAUUCUGUUUUUGAUUCUUUAUUGGUCAAUCAGCUGAAAUGAACACGUCUUGAUUAAGUCUUCAAAUGACUUUGUCAAGGAAAACAUAGAAUGUUGAUUAAUCAAUGCUUACUGCAAUACUUUGUUUCAAAUUUUGUGAGAGCAAAACUAGACCUGAUGGCAAGUGAAUUUUAUUACGGACAACCAAUUUUCAUGUCUAACUUGCCCUGAUCGCAAGUGUCACACCGGGAAUUCGCGGGCUCAAACUCCUGCUGGCGGCCAUUUUUCGUUAAACCAUCCUUUUAUAAUGCUUGCUCUUUUUGUGUGGUUUUUAUCAGAAAUGUACCAAACAAGGUAUUUUUAUCGCUAUUUGUUGUAUUUAAGUAAAAUGUAAACAAUAACAAAAGCCCGCAAUGCAUGACCCUGACACUAAUCCUUUAAGUUACACCAAUGAAAUUCAGUAAUAAUUCUUGCGCAAAACACAAAGAAAAUCAGCAUCGUAUUCUUGUUGUGCUAUACCGAGGAAAGAAACUUUGUUGCCAGUGGCGGGUAGCCAGCUCGAUAAUUGCGGGGGGCAUAUAUAUUCGUGUUCUGCAUUAUUAAUUUCUUUUGUGAACACGAAUAUAUGAAUGUGCAGCGCUCUAACCAACUGAGCUACAGAAUCCAAUUAUCGAGCUCUAACCACAAGUUCUUGUAUAUAUUUGUACUAGAUAAAACAUGAGCGAGCCAAAGGCGAGAGUUUGUAUAUCAGAUACAGGUCGGGUGCGGAUGUUUUAUCGUACUUAAAAAAUGACGCAUCUUAUGAGUUCAUUAGCGAAGUAAUUUUAAAAAUAAACAUUGUCUAAGCCGAGAAAAUCAAAGCUGAAGUUUAUGUAAAUCAGGACAAAUCUUUAUCCGGUUUACAAACAUUGAUUAAACAUUCAUUUCUUUUGUAUUUUCCUCGUGGUAUGGAUAAUAAAAAUCUUGAUAUUUACCCAACCAUACAUACGUACAGCCUCGUGUCUGUUUAAUAUCGCUUCGUGGUCUCUCAUAUUUUCGCGCCUUUUUUCACCGCGCGCGUGCAACGCUAUUUUCCACCCCUUGAGAGAUGGACUUGAACCAAGUGUAGGUAGGGUUCAAGGUUAAAAGCUUCUACUUAAACAAAUUAACAGCCACUUGACUUGAUCAAGAUCAAAAUACCAACAAGCGAUUAUUCCGUCAUACUACACAACACAGACACAGAUGUUGUCGCACGAAAUAAUUAUCUUCGGAAAACCUUUCAUAUUCUCACUGUUACACAGAUGGAGGAGUUGAUUUCGGCAAUUUCAUAUUAUUCUCACUGUUACACAGAUGAAGAAGUUGAUUACAGUUUUUGUUGAAACACCCAAAAAUUCCAUGUUUAACACAUCGAGAUUUAUGGGCAUCUGACGGUUAGAGCUCGACAAAUUGCCUCGUUAGUUCAGCUGUACAGGAAUCACACUGCUGGAGAUUCGAUUCCUAUACCAGAGGGCCUAUAAUAUAUGUUUUUAUUUUUUGGCAACUGCUCCUGUGGAAAUUCCCAUGUGCAAAAAUCCUUCAUUUUUAACAUUGGAUUCUUGCACUUCACUUGGUGGAAUUAAUAUUAGAAUGUUAGGGUUUGUAAUCCAAGUGAGUAUAUAUACAUUUUAAGACCUAACCAGGAACGACUGCGAAAGAUGCAGCACAAGGUCCUCUGCAGCACAGGGCCGUAGGUUCAGUUCCUAUACCAGAGGACCUGUGCUGCAUUUUUCGCAGUCGUUCCUGGUUAGGUCUUAAAAUGUAUAUAUUCCACUUUGAUUACAAACCCUAACAUUCUAAUAUUCAUUUUUAACACACUUCAUUUUCCAAUUCAAACUCAAUAAUUUACCAGCAACACAAAGGAAACCUGUACCGUUUUGAUUCUACGGUCAUAUACGCCCAUAAACCAACUCAACAUCGCGUUGAAUUUCUCUUUAAAUACAAGUACGUUUGAGAAGUAACAUAACAAAGUCGAACGCUGUUUAUUACCGGCGUAUUAUAAAACAUCUCAAUUUAUACGUGAAAAAUCUCGGCUAAUGCUUCGUUUUUAACACACUUUUCGGAGUUUUAUACAAUCAGUAUAUUACUUGAUUACCUGCGUGCAAUAUAACUUUUCAAACGAACCAGUAUAGGCCAACUAUAUAUAGAAGUGAGAAAACUUUGGUCAAUUAUAAACUGCGAUUUAAGGCGAGUUCAGGCAAUUUAAGGCGAGUUCAGGCAAUUUAAGGUGAGUUACCAUUCCAAAGUAGGCCUCAGUAUUUAUAGAUUAAAGAGAAAUUUUUUGUGAAAGUCGGCUUAAUUUAUGGCCGUUUGUUGCCGUGGUAUCAAAAGUUCAAAACAACAACACUGUGGCUAUUUUUAGCGCGUUUCAGGAUUUUAUUGACGAUACCAAUGCAAAGUCGUUAUUCCGGAGUGACGGUUACAGAAAUGAUACUUGCCAGAGUUACUAUAUUUAUCCUUAGCUUACAUACGAUACUCGAAGUUCAAGUAUACUUUAUUUUUGACAAAAUCUAACCCUAGCCCCUAUCCUUACCCUUGCACUUACCCUUACCAGGGGCGGAUUUACCGUGGGAGUGCGGCGGGGUGCGCACCCCACCCAGUUGUGUCUAGUGUCCCCUUCGAGAAGUCCAGCACCACCCUAAAUAGUCUGCGUGACCAUACAUUUUCUGCUUUUCGAAUAGCGAUUAGUGCAUGGAAGCUUGCACCACGUAAACAUAUAAUAUACUUUAAGUUUUAUCUUCAGAAAAUAUCGAAUCGUUUAUACUCUAUUCUGUGCACUGCCAUCUUCGCUAACAUUGUUGAUUAUCUGUCAGGUUUACGCUGUUGAUUGGAGCCCUGAUGGUACCAGAGUGGCCAGCGGAGGCAAAGAUAAAGUCUUAAAAUUGUAAGUAACUUAGGUCAGUUAGUUGCCCUCUGAUCUUAUAAGUUGACUGAAUAUAAAAAUAUGACCAUCUUUUGCCCCAAAGAAGCUAUAGUGCUAUACUGUUGGCAUGAUGAUGGCGUAACUUAAUUAUUUUUACCACUUGCGAAUACUUCAAAUUAGAGUUAGAAAAUUGGUCGCCCAGAAUAAAAUUCACAAAACGCUAAGUUCCAUCACUGAUGGUUAUAUCUUUGUCAUUUUUAAGAUGGCGUUCUUGACUGAAUUGUUUCUGAACUACAGAUGGUAAGUUGCACAUUACUUCAGUAAGCGUUCAAGGUAGCAGAUCAGAGCAGUGUAGACUUGGAUCAAGUCCGUUUCUCUAGAGUUCGAGUCGCGAAGCGGCGCGCUCGAUCCCUCGAACUCCAGAGAGACGGACUUUAUCCAAGUCAGUCUAGAGCAGAUGGUGCAUUGCCAGAUUUGAAUCCAGCCGCCACAAUUUUGCAUUACUGUAUAUUUUAUCAGUGACGUAGCCAGGGUGCCCGGAUUUAAGAUUUAUGCCCGACCUGUGUUUUGUCAAUGUAUAGGUUAUAACGAUUGUUCACAAUUUUUUCAUUUACAUAACAUUUGGCGGUUAAUUUCAAAACAAUACAACUGACUUUAUUUUCAGUUUUCGUGUAUCAACUGGCCCAGGCCAAUGUUUUCUAAAGAGCAUUAUGUAUAGUUGUAUACGAGCACGUUUUUUGUGAAAAUUUUAAAGAAAACAUCGACUGAGUUCGGUUCGUGUGAAUUUUUCAAAAUCGUUAAUGGUUAAUUGGGGGAAGUAGAGCCAAAUGUCUGUCAUAUUCAAGUGCUUUGAUGCCAUGCGUAACUUGAAUGUUUGUGUUGUCUUAUAUAUCAUAAUUAAUUGUAAAUAUAUACGCUGUGGGGGAAUAGAACUUUUUGUAGAAUACUACCUACACUGGACUACCACGUUUGAGAUAUCUUUUUCAGGUUGUUCAGACACAAACCAUGGCAGCUUAUUGUAGAAUACUACCUACACUGGAGCACCGUGUUUAAGAUAUCUUUUUCAGGUAGUUCAGACACAAACCACGACAGCUUAUUGUAGAAUACUACCUACACUGGACUGCCACGUUUGAGAUAUCUUUUUCAGGUAGUUCAGACACAAACCACGACAGCUUAUUGUAGAAUACUACCUACACUGGACCACCACGUUUGAGAUAUCUUUUUCAGGUAGUUCAGACACAAACCACGACAGCUUAUUGUAGAAUACUACCUACACUGGACCACCACGUUUGAGAUAUCUUUUCAGGUAGUUCAGACACAAACCACGACAGCUUAUUGUAGAAUACUACCUACACUGGACCACCACGUUUGAGAUAUCUUUUUCAGGUAGUUCAGACACAAACCACGACAGCUUAUUGUAGAAUACUACCUACACUGGACCACCACGUUUGAGAUAUAUAUUUUCAGGUAGUUCAGACACAAACCACGACAGCUUAUUGUAGAAUACGACCUACACUGGACCACCACGUUUAAUUAAAAUAUCUUUUUCAGGUAGUUCAAGACACAACUGUUAAAGAAAACAUGUCAAAUUUCCCUGAAAACUUUAUGAAUACUUUAUUGCAAAAAGUCUAGAACGGUGGAAAGACUCGAUGUUCAGUAAACUGUACUCUUUCAUCGCCCAUUUUGUGAUAAUUAAUAUAAAUUGCCAGGGCAUUACCGCGUUGACAUACAUUUCUGUUGUGAUAUAUCUAUUAGGACUGGAUUGAAAACAAUGUUUUGUGUCAGUUUGUGGUAAUCUUCAACUGCACAUAACAAAACAUAAGACUUUUAAAGUUGUUUUUUCUUCCUUGCACGAGCGCCAUGAGGUAAAAUGCCG